AUGGAUCGCGGCCGGCAAGGUGGAACUCUGCCACGCCACACACUUCAACCUAUACCCAUCACAUUAGCUUCUAAUAUCCGCUCUCUCCGCAAAUUUAAUUCAAGACUUUAUGAUUCCUCUAUGGCAAACGAUGAUAAAAGCGACAAAAGAAACAAAAUCGGGAUUGACUUACCUACGACGAAGGCAACUAAUCAGAUACAAAUCUCCUCUUUCUUGAUGUUGUGGUAUGCCAGAUUUAGAUAA